UUUAUACUACAAGUGUAACUAAAAUUAUCAAAUUCUGCUGAUUAACACUCGGUUAAUUCGUUAUGUCAGAGAAGAUUGCUGCCAAAAAACCCUGAGUACGCCUGUUAGGGAAUAUUUGGUUGAGCAGUGGAAUGGCAAAGUAGCAGUAUCUACUUUGUUGUUUUUCAGUAAUUGAGCACAAACGAUGUAUUCAAUUAGUUGCUACGGAAAUGUAGGAAAGAUAUGCCAACCUGACUCGUUGGACUCCUGCGGUGAGAACGAAAGAUGUUGGCAAAAUAAUACACUAAACAGCACUGGAAUAUGCACGUGUGUCAAUGGUUUUAAUGAAGUUUCCGGUAGUUGCAUUGAAAUAUCAACAACUGCUGCUGCUGCUUCGACUGACUCUGCAAGCCAGAUAAAUGAGUCUGAUUCUUCAGGCAGUUCUGUAGCUGUCGGAUUAUUAGUUCCAACAUUUCUACUUCUUCUCGGUGGCCUUGGAUUCUGCCUCAUCCGACGCUACAGAUUACUUCCUUGUCGUCAAAAUGUGUACGGUAAUGUGUUGGUAACACGCGAGGAGGAUGACGACGAUGAUCCUCCAAUUGCCUAAAUAAUUAAAUUGAUGAAGCAGCAACCUAAAAAACAGGUUAAAAAAAAGACUGAGAAAUUUCCACGUUGGUUGAGCAAAAUCUUCAUUAUAAUCGAGAAUUGAAGUAAAGAUACUUAUAUUUUUCAAAAUAUCAUUCAAGAGAAUGGAGAGUUCAGCCAUUUUUCCAUUCCCUUGUUUAUCAAACCCAUUGUUUUUAUCUCAGUUCGAGAUGAGCAUCUCUUUUAGUUGCUGCAAACUGAAGAAAAGUACUAACGAGGCCAAAUAUGUAAAUAAGCGAUCAAAGCGCUUAAGUACAUAUAUUUAUAAGUUUAUAUGAUAUUAUUAAAGAAUGAAUGAAGCAAGUGAUUAUAGAUGCGUUGAUGAAACAUUUAAUUACUCAAACAUCACAACCUCUUUCAGCAUUCUCCUCAUUUCACAUUCUAAUGGUCAGUAAAAUUUGAGGUUUCAGCGCGUUAAGGGUUGUUGAUGUUAAUCGAUAAUUAUCACCUUUGCCAAUAUGUUUUUUUUAGCAGCUAAUUAUGAGUUAUGGAGUUCUGACUCCAUAACUUGCCUUUUCCAGUUCGGAUUACAGAAUUCGUGUCAGCCUUGAGGAUAUGGACAAAUUUUUGUAAAUAAAUAGAGGCAUCGCUCAAUUCUAGAAUAAUUUAAAGCACUUCUUGCCAGUUUCGUUAUUAUAAUAAAUAAAUAUUGUCAUUGGUAGUUCAAUAUUCUAAUUUCUAUAAUAGACAUGAAUAAUUCGUAAUUUUCACCAUAAAAGCACGUAAAUUAAUUAUGAUAUAAAUUGUAUAUUACAUAAACACUAUUCUUGUACUCUAUUAUUUUUUGUACAGACAAUGAAUAUGAGGGAAUAAAUCGAUUCAAGAAUAGGGAGAACGUGACAGCUUUAAGUCGAUCUUAAUGGUUAAUAUAAGAAAAAAUCAAUUUUUUUAUUUGCCUAAAAUAAUCAUUACUAUGGCAUUAAUACAUUUCAAAAUUUUUGUACGAUAUUCCAAAAAAUUUUCGUCUUAACAAAUGGUUUUUUUUUUUUCAAAUUUUUCCUGUACUCUUAUCGCUUCAAUGAAAUAUAUCAUUGAAUAGAGAUUGAACUUCACAUUUAAUGACAUCCACUAAACACUAAAAUAAAAAAAUUCGUAGCACAUUUAAAAGAACCAUUUGACAUGUAUUUUUUCCAGAAACCACUGUGAUUUGUAUAAAAUUCAGACAAUUAUUGUUUGAUGAUUUUUUUUUCGAUAAUAAAACUAAAAUAUUGAAUAAUAAA